UUUUAGUGAUUCGAACGAGGGUAAGUUCGUAGAGGUCCAACCCCCUAGUUCAGAGAAGGGAACGCCUUGGCAGGGGGUGUGGACCUCAGGAGGGACGGGGGUGUGGCAAUCUGAUGGAGAUGGAGGGGUGUGGUAUAAUGGAGGUUGGGUGCAGCAGGGGUAUAGUAGCCUAGACAACUACUAUAUUACACGAGAAAAUACAAGAGAAAGCAUGCGGGCAGCUAACAGUUUGGAAUCCCUAGAUUCUGUCUCAAGUUCGAUACAACAAGCCAGGGCCAGUUCAAGUACAGUACAACCGCCAAGAACUGGUUCCAGUACAGUGAUGCAACAAAGAACCGGUUCCAGUACAGUACAACCGCAUAGAACUGGUUCUGGUGCUGUACAACCACCUAGAACCGGUUCCGGUACAGUACAACCGGUAAGAACUGGUGCUGGUGCACAAGCUAGAGCUAAUCCUGUUAAUUCAACCCUGACUCCACCCACACAAGCUAGAUCUAGCCCUAUACAACCCAGAACCACGCCUGUACAAAUCAGAAAAUUUCCAAAUAAUCAGGACUCUGGUAAUUUAUCUCCCCUCCCUCUCCGAAUGAAUCGCAGCAACUCUGUGAGUAACCAGAUGACAACAGGAGUUCCUGAAUUUCAGAAAACCUUUCCUCUCCGUAAACCUACAACAGAGGACAGUGAGUACUACGGCGUGCCAGUACAAUUGGGUCGCGGGCUGCCUGUGAAAAGACAGCGGCAAUUUCCCAAUUCCUGGGCGCAGGGGAGAACUAACAAUCAAUCAGUACAGCAGUCAAGUAAUCACAUGCAAGAUGAAGGAUUAGCCGGGUCCCUUUCUUCAUUGGCGAGCUUAGGUCAUAUUUCUUCCACCUCUUAUCUAGCAGAAGACAAGUCUUCCGGCGAAAUCCAAAGACUCCGUAAAGAACUUAGGGAAGAACAGGAGAAAACUAAAAGGCUCACUUCACAACUUUCAACAAAUACCCACGUGGUUUCUGCAUUUGAACAGUCACUAUCAAACAUGACUACCAGACUGCAACAGCUGACACGGAGUGCAGAUGAGAAGGACAAGGAACUCCAUGAGCUGCAUAAAACUAUAGAACUACUUCAACGUCAAGGAGCACAGCUUGGUUUAGGAAAGUACCAAGUGGUGUCCUCUGAGUCCUUGUACAAUACUCCAGGACGGAAUGGAUUUAUCAGCGCUGGCACCUCAGAUUCAGAAAAUGAGGAGUACAACUCCUUGACCAAUUCCAAGAGAACAUUCAACUUUAAACACAAAAAAUCUAAAUGGCUGCAGCAGUCCAUUAGUCGGGCUUUUUCAAGGGCUAGGAAACAUUCUGGAUCAGUUUCAGAGGCUGACGACAGACAAAGACGACAUUUAAAAACUGUUGUUGAUACCGCCACCUCGUGUCCUGGUUCUCCACUACCCAGAGGUCACCAUAGAUCUAGAUCAGCUCCUGUGUUGGAUGAUGGUGAGGGAAGUGUGGAUGAACUAAGGCAGCAACUGAUUCAGAAAGAAAGUUUACUCACUGAAACUAGAUUAGAAGCUCUUACAUCGGCUCAUCAACUACAGACACUGAGAGAAACCAUCGCAAAGCUUAGGAAUGAGCUAAACACUGUGCGACGAGAAAGUGAGAAGAUAACAAAUGACCCCGCAUUCAACUCUCCAGCUCACAGAACCAGCUCACCAGCUCAUAGAACCAGCUCACCAGCUCAUCCUUUCAUUCCAUUAGCUCAUACAUCUGGCUCACCAGCCCUCAGUACUAGAUCUACAGGAUAUGGCUCAAGAUUUAAUUCUAGCUCUCCAGCUCAUGGCUCUCGACUGGAACUCAACUCCCGGACUUCUAGAUCUGGAAGUGAGCUGAGCAAAUCUCCUGAGCUAAGAUCAAUGAAUUUGGCUCAAUCAUCAGGAGGAGUUUUGCCAAACAGGAUGAGUAAAGUUGAUUAUGUGGAUGGAAGUCCUGGUUCAGGAUCAAACGAGAGAAGGCCUAGGAAGACAAAGCCUCUGUCUUCAUAUAGUGAGAGUCCUAUCCGUCGUCCCCUGGGAGCUGGAGGAGGAGGAGAAGGUUGUGUCCGGGGACAGGAUCAACAAGGUUGUUCUCUCCUACAAACAUCAUGUAGUGUUGAUACUGACGCAGAAGAGGUUUGUGUCCCUGUAUCUGUAAUCUCUACUGGAGAUUAUCCGUCCCAACUUCAACUCUCAUACAACCCUAAACCUAGGAGAACUGACACAAAAAUAGGAUUUGUAACAAUCAGCAGAAACUCAUCUUGGCCUAAUUUAGACGAUUGUGUCAGGGGUCUAGUGAAAACCUACUUGAAUAAACUGGACCCAGAAAACAGUUUAGAAUUAACAAACCAAUCCAUUGUCUCAUAUCAGUGUGGAAAUAUCAGGAGGGUUUUUAAAACCCCUGAGCCUGUUGGAGGACCCAGUCUACUUCAGGAUACCAGGAUAUGGGUCUCUUUUAGGACCGGAACGGAUAGAGGGAGUUUGGAGGACUUGGCUUUCUCAACUCUAAUCCCUAAAACUGUAAUAAAGAAAUAUGUGAUGACUCUUUCAAAGUAUCGAAGAGCUGUGAUAGUUGGACACCAGGGGGUUGGGAAAACCUUCUUGGCUCUAAAACUUGCAGAGUUUUUAGCUCUCAAAACAGGGAAUAGUUUAAACCCAGUUCAUGUUUUAUCUCUAGAUCAGGGAAGCUAUGACGAGUGUAAGGAAGCUAUAUCAAGUUUAACCCUGGUGCCUGGGGAGAACCAACCCUCAGUGAUAAUACUAGAGAAUAUUCAUGCCAAGGGGUCCAGGAUUGUUGAUUUGUUGUCCAGCUUAGAGCUUGGAAAAGAGGAUUUUCCUUUUCUUAUUUGUACCAGCUCACCCUCACAGUAUAUUAGGGACCUGAACGCUAAGAUGAAUAUGGUUGAGAUCACUCUUGGUGAAGACGUUGAACUGAUGCAGGGUUUUCUCGGCAGAUAUCUCAGACGUAAGAUGUUGGAAGUGGAGGUGGAGACAGGGUUAGCCAACUUUGAUAUGCCAGAAGCUAUUCAAUGGAUUCUACGGAUUUACUGCAAUAUUUAUAUUUUUGUAAAGACGACCUCGAGAACUAGAUCUUGUCUUAGUCCACACAUGUUUAUGUCAUGCGCAGUAGGGUCAACUCAGGCCUUAAGAAGCUGGUUUGUGGAGGUGUGGAAUACCACGGUCGUCUUCUAUUUGAGAGAUAUUGUGUCAGGACGGGGGGAGGAGGAGCUCAUGCAGUUCGAAGAUCCUGUCAGAUUUGUGAUUCGUACCUGGCCCUGGCAAGAACAGCUAGGAGGUCUUCCGCAGGCCCUAUUGAGAGUGAAAACAGAUAGUAGAGGAUUAAAGGAAGAACUACCCUCAGAAGAUGAUCCGCUGUUAAGUAUGCUGCUCUGUCUUCAAGAAGCUGCUCUUUACAGUGAAGAAUCUAACAGAACCAGCAGCAAUAGUAUUCAUAAAAACAGCUUUUCAGAUCUAGAAAAUACGGAGGGAAAUGAAGAAGUUACCAAAGACAGUGAUUCUAAUUAAAUAAUUGACGAUUUGGGUUUUUCAAAGAAGCAAACUUUAGUAAAUAGGGGUCAUUUUAAUGUAAUUGUACAAUGUAAACGAAAUCUAAAAUGCAUUUAUCCGACCCAGUCCAAUUUUUUAAGGCAAUAUCAUUAAAAAAAUGCCUCUAACUGUAAUGGAAAGUGUGUUAAGGAGGUUUAAAAUCAAAAAUUAAAAGUACUUGCCAAUACAAAUUAAAUAGUUUCUGUAUUUGAAAUUAUUUUGCUAUCAAUAUUUAAGGACUUUCUAUACAUGUCAAUUUUAGAUUUGUAGUUUGUUGGGCUUUACUCAAAUCUCAAAUUUAGGGGUUAUGAUAACUGAAAGAUUGUUAUUUUUGGUAACAAUAACAGUUUCAAGAAUUCCCAAGGGCUUUUAGGGCUCUUUUGUGAGAAUUUAAGCUCAUGUGAUCUACCAGAGGCCGAAUUUAAAGAAUUUGAGCCACGUCUCAAAUUUAAGCCGCGGUUCAAACAUGUUUGUUCCACUUGAA